CCUCUAUCCCUCUCUCUCGGUUUCUGGAGGCCUGAAGGACUAGCCCAUUCAUGAUGACGCCAUCGCCGGGCGAGUAAACUCACUUAAAGCUCAUGCAUGGCAUCUGCCCCUGAUUCAAAUGCACGGCAUUGGGGGAAGGGGGAGGGGGAGGGGGGGGGAGGUAGAUAUCGGACGAGGUAGCAUCGCAGCCUCCUCUCAUAUCUCUCUCGCUUUUCAUCCCAUCGAUCUCAUCAUCGCUAAAUGUCAAGGGAUGGUGACCGGCCUCUCCCCCCGGUGUGGAGACCACCUCUCACCCCCCUCCAUCCCCUUUCCCCUCGCGGAAGCAGGUCGGAGGUUGCAUUCGGGUUUUGAUAUAUGUAAGGGUGAGGGAGAGAACAAGCAAGCAUUUUUUUCGCCUCGGGAUACAACCACCACGCCGUCCCCUCGGCGGCCCCGUUUGCUAUUUCGGAGUGCCGCUGUUGUUGUUGUUGUCGUUGUUGUUGUCGUCGUCGCCGCCGUCGUCGUCGUCCAACCUCUUGUGCGGCGGUGUCGAAGAGCGUGUGCUGCCCGUCCCCCCCCCCCGUCCUCGCCCCAGAGACAGGCUGUCAGCUGCGGUUUCGGAAUUGCAAGCUCGAGGAAGACGGAGCAAAACGAAAGGGAAAAAAGAAGCAUAAAAAAAUCCAGUAGCCAAGGUCGAUCGCUUAUCAGAGAGCAAGGCAGACGAAUGAGGAAACGAGGCCGUUGCGGAUAUGGCCUCUAGAAGCACGGCAAGGGGGGGAGCAAGAGAGCGGGAAGCAUGGAGAAAAGCGCUGCGCGGCCGGUCUAAGCCAGAAAGAG